AUGGUGUUCAAAUCCGGCUCGUCUGCCAAUUCCCUGCCGCGGGAGGACACCCAUCUGCUGUCCGGCGCCGGAAAGCUCCACGCCUCUCGUCCCAGCCCAAGACCUUCACCAACGUCUUCAUCUCCAUCGUCAGCCCGACGUACUUGGCCUCCCGUACACUUUCAUGCGCACCGGAUCCUCGUCGCCGCCCUCACCUACCACUGCAUGAUGCUCCUCAUCCACACCCGUCGCAAGCUCGAGGACUCCGCCGCCUGCGCCUUCCCAAAGAUCUCAUCUUUCGGAGAUCUAGGGUUGGCCGUGUGUGGGCCCAUCGUCAGGUUCGUCGUCGAUGCACUGAUCGUCCUCUCUCAAGCCGAAUUCUGCAUCGGCAUACCUUACCUUCAUCGACAACACGCUCACCAGCCUUUUCAACUUCUCCUCCACCGCAAGCCCUACAAUUUUAGGGGCAUAUUUUUUAGUAUAAUUCAGGAAGAGGCUGGUCGCAGCGUCUGGUACGUGACAAGGUUCGCCGGAAGCCGCAAUUCACGCGUGAACAAGGGUCGCCGGAAUUCUUUGCAAGAUAGAGGCGGCGCUGGGCAGCGACUCACGGCGUGGGAGGAGAGCGGGUCGUGGCGUUGCUGGGGUCUCGUCGCAGAGGGCUCGCGACUGGUCCACGCGGAGGAUACUCGCCGGAGGGAGGCUCGCAGCGUCAGAUUUGCAGAGACUCGCGGCUUGCUGCUCGCUAACAGAGAUGAGUUCACGGCGGAGGACUUGCGAGCAGGCGACGGUCGGGGGUACUGUGCGGCGGAGGGGCUCGCCGGCAAUUGGUCUGCGCGUUCAGAGGAUGGCGGAGAAGGAGAUGACGAGAUGAUGGUGAUGGUGUCGCGGCGCGUCUGGGUGGUCGCGGCUUGGAGAUCGGCGACGACGGGAAAGAUCAGAGGAAGGGAUGAUGAUGAUUGGUGGUGA